CGACAGCGUGUAUCUCAGUGUAUUGAGGGAACACUAGUCUAGGCGUUGUGUAGCAUGGGAAAACGUGUUAUAUGCUACAUUAUCGCUGUAUAUACCUACAUUUCCACUGAAUGCUCAAAAUGGCCAGUGUCAUCGUCAAAUAUGCUCUUCUUUUGUUUCUUUAUUUUGCUGUUGUUUACAGACACGCGAGUGCAUUAGACAAGGGUAAACUUCAAGUUGACGGGGAUAUAAUUUUCGGCGGACUUUUUCCUAUGCACGAAAAAGGCCAACAAGGUAAUAGUUGUGGGAAAAUUAAAAAAGAAAAAGGUAUACAACGUUUAGAGGCUAUGUUGUUUGCCGUUGAUAAAAUUAAUAAUGAUGACGAUCUAUUACCCGGCCUAACUCUCGGUCUGCACGUGCUGGAUACCUGUAGUUCGGACACUUAUGCGCUCGAACAGUGUAUGGAUUUCAUCAAGGCCCAACUGACCACCAUAGACGUCACGGACUACCAUUGUGACAACGGAAGUACCCCACAAUAUACACCGGUCAAGCCAGUGGCCGGAGUAAUAGGGGCAGCAUCCAGCACAGUGUCAAUCAUGGUGGCAAAUAUUCUCAGACUGUUUAAGAUUCCACAGAUCAGCUAUGCUUCUACGAGUGUUGAUCUGAGCGACAAAUCAAGGUUCGAGUAUUUUUCGAGAGUUGUACCACCAGACUCAUUCCAGGCUCAGGCAAUGGUGGAUAUCGCCAAGUCUUUCGGCUGGACUUAUGUCAGUACGCUGGCUGACGAGGGCAAUUAUGGUGCGAAAGGCAUCGGGGCCUUCGCCGAGAUCUCUAAACAUCACGAUAUUUGUAUCGCUCAGCGAUUGUCUAUUUCCCGUGAUUCCACAGACGAUGACUUCGAUACCACAGUGAUGAAACUAAGGAAUGACCGAGCCAAAGCCGUAGUAAUGUUCGUCAACGAAGACAAUUCCAAGCGUCUCCUUCAGGCGUUAAUGCGCUCAAACCGAUCCGAAACUUUGUGGUUUUUAGCUAGUGAUAGCUGGGGCGCCAAGGUACAUCCGGUUUUUGGACAAGAAGUUGCCGCAGUUGACGCUGUUACUAUCCUACCUAAGCGACAUGUUAUCAAAGAGUUCGACGAAUAUUUCUUGAACCUUUCACCAGAACACAGCUCCAAGAAUCCGUGGUUCGCAGAAUACUGGGAGACGAUUUUUAAUUGUAGCGUCAGUCGCAAUUCAAAAGCGAGGAAACGGUGUUCAGGAAAGGAGAACCUAAGAAGCCUGAGUGUCGGAUACGAGCAGGAAGGCCUAGUGCAAUUUGUUAUUGACUCUGUGUACGCUCUGGCCCACGCUUUACACGACUUACUGGCAGACAAAUGCAAAGGGCAGUACAAAAACUGUAACCUAUCAGGAAAGGAAAUUCUCGCAUACAUCAGAAAUGUGACUUUUCCAGGUAUCAGCGGAGACACUGUCCGUUUUAACGAGAAAGGGGAUGGUCUUGGAAAGUACGAUAUUUACCAGUACCAGGCACGGGAUGACGGAAGAUACGAGUAUGUUUUGAUUGGAGACUGGACUGACAGUUUACGGCUCAACACCAGCCUCAUCAAAUGGAGUAAGGAAACAGGCGACAUUCCUACAUCAGUGUGCAGCGAUCCGUGUCCAUUCGGCUCCACAAAACUAGAAAAGGGCGAGAGUUGUUGUUGGGCAUGCAUUCAAUGUGCGGACAACGAAUAUCUCGAGGAUGAAUUUACUUGUACCGAAUGUGCGGAGGGAUAUCAUCCAAAUGUGAAUAAAACAACAUGUGUUCCACUUCCGGUGUUGCAUCUCGAAUGGGACAGUCUAUGGGUGAUACUGCCUAUUGUGUUUUCGAGCUUUGGAAUCGUGUGCACAAUCCUGGUUGUUGCUGUGUUCAUCCGCUACAACUCCACGCCUGUUAUAAUGGCGUCUGGACGGGAGCUGUGCUAUGUCCUUCUCAUAGGGAUCUCAAUGGCUUAUGGAACCUCCUUGAUCAUGCUGAUUCGACCUUCAAUAAUACUGUGCACACUUCGGAGGCUAGGAUUAGGGGUGUCGCUGUGUCUUAUAUACGCCGCCAUGUUGACCAAAACAAAUCGGAUAUAUCGGAUUUUUAACAAUGGAAUUAAAGCCAUGGUCAAACGACCAUCUUAUACUAGCCCUAGGUCACAGAUUUUUAUAUGUAUGAGCAUGGUAUCGGUACAGAUUGUAGGAGGUUUGACGUGGCUUGGCUUUGAAAAACCAGCCACUACGUACGAUUUUCAGCAAAGUACUUUCUUAGUGCUCAAAUGCCGAGCCAGCCAAAUCGCCAUCAUCGUAUCUCUGAUGUACAACAUUCUAUUAAUCAUCAUCUGUACUGUAUACGGGAUUAAAACACGCAAGAUUCCGCAAAAUUAUAACGAGGCCAAGUGUAUAGCAUUCACUAUGUACAGCACGUGCAUUGUCUGGCUUGCCUUCAUUCCAAUUUACUUUGGAGCGAGUAGUGACUUCAAGAUUGAAGUUACCUCACUCUGUAUGUGUGUUAGUAUCAGUGCUACUGUCGCACUGGUGUGCUUGUUUGCACCCAAAAUGUACAUAGUGCUGCUACAACCUCAUAAGAAUGUCCGUAAGGGGGCGUCAUGUGCCAGCAACAAACCUUCGCUCUCGUCACGCCCUUGUUAUGGUCGCCAAAAUUCCUUCGGAAGCUUUCCACUUCCACUUCCGAAUGGCGGUAUGUUUACCAACCCAGUUCCGGUGGCUCCUCCAAACACUCAAAUGACCCAGACAACAUUUAAUGACGUUUUCAACGACAGCUUCGAUGAUUUAUCAUGUGAUGAAAUAACAGCGAUGAAUAACAAUGAAGAGCAGCAGAUGGAAGCAGAUAUAUAAGUUAAUAUCACCCGAUAUAAUCACGUGCUCUCUGAGUAUCGCAAAUAUCUUCUUUGGAAUUCCAUUUGCCUAUAGUUCCGGUAUUGUAUGUUUGCAUUUAUUCAUUAGGGGAUAUGCUUUUAUAUACAAUAUAAUUAAAUCUCAGUAAAAUUUUACAUUGUGUAAAGAAGUCUUCGCAAAUUUUAUAUUUGACAUAACAAUGGGUUAUAAGUUUAAAGAAAACAUUUAUACUCUGUUAUAUAUUUUUGUUAUUUAAGAUGCUAGGCGUUACAGUGACACUUUGAGAUAUAUUGAGUAGAACCUGAACGUAGAUUUUAAUGGCUGAGCAAACCUAUGUUGACGUUUUUCUCGGGUUACCUCAAAGUGUCACUGUCACCGUUGUCAUUAUCUUGAAAAUGCCUUUAUGGUUUGACAACUGAUUUUAUUUCAUGAACAGGAACAUCUAGAAUUGCGUAUUUUAUAUCUACCAUGCAAAGCCUGCAUACGAUGACAACGCGAGCAUCGAUACCUGAUUUUGUGACCAAAGAUUGGUAGAUUUUGAUAAGAUUUUGAUUGUUAGCAGUUAUAUCAUAAAGCAAGCGUGCUUUGAAUUUGUCAACGAUUGACAAUGACGAUAUUUCAUUUAUAAGGCUUGGAGAGACGUUUCUAUUUGUUUAUUUCUUAACGCGAAUGGUGCAUAUUCUCAUUUUUUUUCAAAAAUGUGUCAUUUUUGUGUCGUUUAAGAUUAAGAAGGAUGAAUUAUUUUCAUUACUGCUUCUACAAUCUUAUACAUUGCAUAUCAAAUGUUCACACCAUUCCAUAUGGCGCAUAUUGUUUCCAAUAAUCUGGCGUGUCUCAUGUAUGUGUUGAAUCAUGUCGCAAAUGUGCAAAACGUAGUAUUUGAAUUACUAAUGGACGUGCAAUGCGGUGCCACGUAACAAUAGUGUCGUGACAAUAGCAUUUGUUAAUAACUUCCCCACGUUCACUCUGUCGUCAUGGUAUGAUUUACGUGACCCCAUUUACCUAAUAUCAGUAAGAUAUAUUUCGUUAGCGAGACUAGGUACAUUUUGAUAUAUAUUUUGUAUUAGGUUUGGGUUAUGAAGUGAAAAAGGUGUAUGCGGAAUGUAAUGGUUUUUUUUGUCUUUUUUAUGUUGAAACAAUGACUUUCAUCAAUAUGUUUGCAUGUCAAACAUCGUUAAAUUAGAGGUGUUUUACGAUCAUUUUCACGUUGUUAUAAUCUUGAUUUUCACCUUAAAACAAUGAUAUAUAUAAUAUACUACUAUCAUCUAGUCGUAUGCCAUAUGUACUCUUCAUUUUGCUAGGGAUUGAUCACAGAUGGGAUCUAGUUGUAGAAUAUGAUAUAAGAAUAUGUAUGAAAUGUAACUAUGUAUGCAGUUGAACGAAUACUACCCAGCAUCGUUGUUUGGAAAGCGAGUGGUGUUCAGUUGAUAAAAUUCCUUACAGUAUACUUGACUCAACGUUGUGUGCAUGAUUAGUUUUCGCUGGAUUCAAGAAUUUUCUAUUUUUGUUAUAAUGAUGAAAUACAAGACGUGUUUAUAAAUUCUUCCUAUUUAUAUUUCUGUUGGGAUGACAUAUUGCAUUUUCUGAUCAUUAAAACAACUUUUAUCAUGAAAAUUAUCAUGAAACGUAUACUACAUACUUAUCUUAGUGAACUUCUGUAAACAUAAAUUCAGUGUUGUGAAGCAUUAUUUAUGUAAUAUAUGUUUUUGUACAAUAUCUUUAUGUAUCCUAUGACGUCAUUUCCAUUAUGGCGUCAUAUAUUGUCAUUAAUUGGCCUAAUUGUUUAAUCAACUCGCCAUGUUCAUGAUCCUCUACAAUGUAUUAAAUGUAUGUGUAUUUAUGAUUACACGAAUUCAAAUGAUUUCAUUUCGAACUCAAUUAAAGGAAUGUGAAUUACACGUUUCUUUUCAGCAUGUAAAUACAAUUGUAUAUUAUUACUUAUAUGGUGUAUGUAAUAGUUAUUCAGCUUUAUAAUAUGUGCACCUCUGCGAUUGUUCACUAUGCUAUGUAACAGAGUAUACAUAUAUGGUAGUGGCUUGUCUCAGAUGUUCUUUUUCGUAUGUUUUAUAUUUCAGACUAAGACCUGCCUUCAAUGAAGCUGUUCAGUGUAGCUUUCGUCAUUGAACGCCUUUUUAUAAGCACAUGGUUUAUCCAAAGACAUACGCACAUAUAUAAAAUCAUGUAUGGAUGCUAAAAUGUCAUGAUAAUUGGAAGCAUACAAUCUAAAUCAUAUUUUAGAGAUAAAACUGUAGAUGAAAUAUCUUUCAUUAUCAUUGCUAGCUUAAAAACAUCACCCAAUGCGUUCAUAUAUUUUAAAACAGUAUGGAUAUACGUGAUGAUGAAUACCUUAUUAUAGUUGACUUCCAUUUGUACGUUCAUUAUUAUAUACCAUAUCGAUAUUAAUACUCCAUUCUGCGAACGAGA